AUGUCUGGCGUGCUGGGGUUCCCCCCCGAACUCGCCCAUUCCAUCUACGCCUUCCUGGAGCCUUCAUACCACUUUUCCUUCGCUAUUACCUGCAAGCUCAUUUUCUAUCAAUCAGGGUAUAUUCUCCAACUCCAUCGCAAAGCCCAUUCAGAGUAUCACGUUGUCUCGGACCGGUCUCCACAAGACAUCGUUCGCCUCUUCCUCAGCGCAGAGGCUGGUUUCGGUCCUGAGGCCAUCGCCGCCUGGCAUGUGCGAGAGUAUGAGGUCUGGGGCACCAGGCGGAAUUGGAGCGAGUGGCGCUCCUGGCUGAUCAGUCCUGGCGGCCGAAUUUCCCUCGCCAUGGAUGAGCGACCCCUCCGCUCGCCGAUCAGCGAAAUUCAGUUAGAGUAUCUUGCCAGAUCUCUCCCCGAAGAUGACGACAGCCAGAGGGUAAUUAGAGCGGUCAUACAAUUCGGGGAAGAUGGAUUCUUCAAAGCCUACACUAUUUCACUGCUCCCUCGGCUUAAAGUCCUAAAAUUCGUCGAAAUCCAAGGCCGACACUCCACAUUAUUCUGGAUCGCCGCAGUUGCAAGCUGGAGUACGACCCAUGGUGUUCCAUGGCCCCCCGGGCUCUUGGCUCUUUCUGAGGUUGCCGUUCACAUCCCCGUGAAUAUUGAGGAGCAGAUCGAUCAAUACUCUACGGAUGUGAUGUACCUUGGAGUCCUGCUCGCCCUCCCCGCCAUCAGAUGCGUGUAUUAUCGAAAUAUCCACGUUCAAUUUGAAUACGACGACCUCUUCGUGCCUGGUAACUCCACUGUUGAAACACUUAUACUUGACAAAAUUAAACUAGACAACUUCCAGCCACGGAAAGCCAUCUGCAGGGCGCCCUCUCGACUCGAAUCCUUUGUUGUUCGUGGAAGCACCGACCCGACCUAUGUCCAACAGUUCCCGCGCCUCCUCUCGCAAUCUCGUUCGCGUGCGACCCUGCGCAAAGUCCUCUUCUACAACCCGGACCAAAUGCUUGGAUCUACAACUGACUUGUUUGAGCCGGCUUAUAUCAAUACAAUGAGUGGCCUUCGUGUGGUUGAUAUAUGCAUCGGUGACAUGCAGGUAGAAGCCUUUGCGGCAGCCGAUCACGAGAGUGUGAGGGCUCGAACUGCCACAUUGUGUGCCAAAUGUCUUCAUGACAAAAUUGACCUGGGCGAUGCCUGCAACGGUGACAUCCCUUGUGAACCCCCAGACAGCGUAAAUGCACAACCCGUCUCGUCCUCCGAUUCUACUGUGGUUGGAGAUGCUGAAGAAGCGCAGAGUAUCGGUCAAGAAGGUCUUCUGUUAAACCAUGAUGGCCUGGUUCGUCAAUUUGUCAUUGGGCUCCCUGAGAGCUUGGAGGUACUACUCAUCCAUGGCCAGGAAGAAAACAGAGAGUACUUCGACAGGGGACCUUAUGAAGAAAACGAAACGAUCGACGAUGCAGUCGUCGCCAUGCUCGAGAGUGGGCGUUACCCGAAUCUUGGAGUCAUAUAUCUGGACCAGAUUGAAAGGCGCGUGGCGGAGCCAAGAAACGUGGUCUCGUUCCAGAAAGCAAUUGCAGCGGGCAGGAAGCAUGGCGUCUACAUCUUCACAGUGGCCAACCAGAUACACCCCCCAGGGGAAAGCCGGUUUCCCGUUAUGCCGGACAGGCACGAUCUCAAGACAGGCCCUUUUCCACCGAGGGGCGCCGACUAG